GAGUUUUCUUCUUCAGCGGCUCUGCAGACCCCAGCUGCGGUAUCUUCCCAUCUAUUUUUUGGUUUGCCCGUUGUUCUACUGCCAUACAAUUUGCGAUAUAAUGCUUUCUUUGGCAGUCUUAUCAUCUUCCAUCCUCACCAAGUGACCUGCCCACCAUAAUCUCUGCAACAGGAUCCUUAGUAAUGCCUGGUGAAGUUUACCCAUUGCAACUGCAGAAGGAUCAUCCUCCCCAGGUGAGUAGAAAUAAAGAAGUUUUUAAGAAAUGGUUUAAUUCUAUUAAUUUAAUUAUAUUCAGCCCUAAAAAGAGAGGGGAAGAAAAGAAAAAAAAUGAAGAAGAAAAAAUGACUUAA